CGCUCUGAAGUAGAGAGAGUAGCUUCAUGCCUCGCACAUGUCACAAGUAGUCCAAGCCGAUUUACAGCGUCUGAACAAAACAAAGCAUUUGCCCUAACAUUAUGCAAACCGCCUAAAGUUGUGCACUUCACUUGAAUUGAAACAUGUCGUCGAUCCGUUUGUCUUUGGCCGGACGAAGCUGCUCUGACAGCGGACUGAGCGGAUAAACGGGACUGAAUGUGACGGCUCGUCGCGUCGGUGAAUGAAGAAGCACCAGCCGCUCGCUUCAAAACACGUCCGAACAUGGCUGACAGAACAGCUCCCAACUGUCGCCUACGACUCGAGUGGGUCUACGGCUACCGGGGACACCAGUGCCGCAACAACCUGUACUACACCGCCGCCAAGGAGAUCGUGUACUUUGUCGCCGGCGUCGGAGUUGUGUACAACACACGGGAACACAAGCAGAAAUUUUAUUUGGGACAUAACGAUGACAUAAUCAGUUUAGCCCUGCAUCCAGAGCGAGUGCUGGUGGCCACAGGACAGGUUGGAAAGGAGCCGUAUAUUUGUGUGUGGGACUCGUAUACUGUGCAGACAGUGUCCAUAUUGAAGGACAUGCACACACACGGUAUCGCCUGUCUCGCCUUCGACCUUGAUGGACAGUGUUUGGUGUCUGUGGGCUUGGACUCUAAAAACACAAUCUGUGUGUGGGACUGGAGACAGGGGAAAGUUCUGGCAGCUGCUCCUGGUCAUACAGACCGGAUAUUCGACAUAUCAUGGGACCUGUAUCAGCAAAGUAAGCUAGUGAGCUGUGGAGUCAAACAUAUCAAGUUUUGGAGUCUUUGUGGGAACGCUCUGACCCCUAAGCGUGGCGUGUUUGGGAAGACUGGAGACCUUCAGACUAUCCUCUGUCUGGCCUGUGCGAGAGACGAGAUCACAUAUUCAGGUGCCUUGAACGGAGACAUCUAUGUCUGGAAGGGAAUCAGUUUAAUGCGGACAGUUCAAGGGGCUCACGGGUCUGGUAUUUUCAGCAUGAAUGCAUGUGAAGAAGGCUUUGCCACGGGAGGCAGGGAUGGGUGCAUCCGAUUAUGGGACCUGAACUUCAAACCCAUCACUGUCAUUGACCUCAGGGAAACAGACCAGGGAUAUAAGGGCCUGUCAGUGCGUAGCGUGUGCUGGAGAGGGGAUCACAUUCUGGUGGGCACGCAGGACAGUGAGAUUUUUGAGGUGGUGGUGCACGAUCGCACCAAGCCCUUCCUCAUCAUGCAGGGUCACUGUGAGGGCGAGCUGUGGGCCUUGGCGGUUCAUCCUACCAAACCUCUCGCCAUGACCGGUAGCGACGACUGCUCUGUUCGGAUCUGGAGUCUUGUAGAUCAUGCGCUAAUAGCACGUUGCAACAUGGAGGAGCCUAUACGCUGUGCUGCUGUUAGUACGGACGGAAUCCACCUCGCUCUGGGCAUGAAAGAUGGAUCCUUCACAGUGCUGAGAGUCAGGGACAUGACGGAGGUGGUCCACAUUAAGGACCGUAAAGAGGCCAUCCAUGAACUGAAGUACUCCCCUGACGGAGCGCACCUAGCCGUGGGCUCUAAUGAUAACUCGGUGGACAUCUACGGCGUUGUGCAGCGAUACAAGAAGGCGGGCGAAUGCGUGGGCUCCAGUAGCUUCAUCACACACAUGGAUUGGUCCACUGACAGCAAGUAUCUACAGACCAAUGACGGCAAUGGUCGGCGGCUCUUCUACAGGAUGCCCAGUGGUAAGGAAGUGACCAACAGGGAAGAACUGAAGCUUGUCCAGUGGUCUUCAUGGACUUGUGUCCUCGGGCCGGAGGUGAAUGGGAUCUGGCCUAAAUACUCUGAUAUCAAUGACAUCAACUCUGUAGAUGCCAACUUCAAUAGUCAAGUUUUAGUGACAGCAGACGAUUAUGGAUUAGUUAAAUUAUUUCGGUACCCAUGUGUAAGAAAAGGUGCUAAGUUUAAAAAAUAUUUAGGGCAUUCAGCACACAUAACCAAUGUCAGAUGGUCACAUGAUUAUCAGUGGGUGAUUACUAUUGGUGGAGCCGAUCAUUCAGUGUUCCAGUGGAAGUUUGUCCCCGAAAGGAAGUCAAAAGAAACUCUUCAUAUAGCUCCUCAAGAGACAUUAGUAGACUCACACAGUGAGGAAUCCGACUCGGAUCAGUCAGACGUGCCUGAGAUGGACUCUGAAAUCGAACAGGAGACCCAACUUACUUACCGACGACGGGUUUACAAAGAAGAUCUACCUCAGCUCAAAGAGCAGUGUAAGGAGAAGCAUCGUGCCAUGGCUAUGAAGAAAAGGGAAAGAGCUCCAGCCAGUGGAUUGAGGUUGCACUUUAUACAUGGUUACAGAGGUUAUGACUGCAGAAGUAACCUCUUCUACACUCAGACCGGUGAGAUUGUGUAUCAUGUGGCGGCUGUGGGAGUGGUGUACAACAGACAGCAGAACACACAGCGCUUUUACCUGGGCCAUGAUGAUGACAUCCUCUGUCUGGCCAUCCACCCCGUCAAAGACUAUGUAGCCACAGGCCAGGUGGGCCGUGAUUCUUCUAUUCAUAUAUGGGAAACAGAGUUUUUGAAGCCAUUGUCUGUUCUUAAAGGAUUCCACCAGUUUGGGGUGUGCGCACUUGACUUCUCAGCAGAUGGGAAGAGGCUGGCUUCAGUGGGUCUGGAUGACAAUCAUACCAUCGUCCUUUGGGAAUGGAGGAAAGGAGAGAAGCUCUCCACCAUCCGGGGAAGUAAAGACAAAAUGUUUGUCAUUAAAAUCAACCCGUACAUGCCAGACAAACUGAUAACCGCUGGAGUGAAACACAUGAAGUUUUGGCAUAGAGCAGGCGGUGGACUGAUUGGGAAGAAGGGCAGCAUGGGAAAAACCGAAACAAUGAUGAGCGCGGUAUACGGCUGGACGGAAGAAAUGGUGUUCUCAGGAACCUGCACUGGAGACAUCUGCAUCUGGAGAGACAUGUUCCUAGUGAAAACCGUCAAAGCUCAUGAUGGGCCUGUUUUUAGCAUGCACGCCCUGGAGAAGGGUUUUGUGACUGGUGGAAAGGAUGGAAUAGUGGCUUUGUGGGACGACACGUUUGAGAGAUGCCUCAAGACGUAUGCCAUAAAACGAGCGGUGCUGGCCCCAGGCUCCAAAGGUUUGCUUUUAGAGGACAACCCCUCCAUUCGUGCCAUAUCUUUGGGUCAUGGGCAUAUUCUUGUAGGAACAAAGAACGGAGAGAUUCUGGAGGUGGACAAAAAUGGGCCCAUCACUCUUCUGGUUCAGGGCCACAUGGAGGGUGAGGUCUGGGGUCUUGCCACUCACCCGCAUCUGCCACUGUGUGCCACUGUGAGCGACGAUAAGACCCUGCGCAUAUGGGAUCUCUCCCCCAGCCACUGCAUGCUCGCCGUACGCAAACUCAAGAAAGGUGGGCGAUGUUGCUGCUUCUCUCCAGAUGGGAAAGCUCUGGCCGUGGGCCUCAAUGAUGGCAGCUUCCUCAUCGUCAACGCAGACACUCUAGAAGACCUGGUGUCAUUUCAUCACCGCAAAGACAUCAUAUCAGAAAUCCGCUUCUCUCCUGUAACAGGCAAGUAUUUGGCUGUGGCAUCAGGUGACAGCUUUGUGGAUAUUUACAAUGUGAUGAACAGCAAGAGGGUUGGUGUGUGCAAAGGCUCCAUGAACUACAUCACCCAUCUGGACUGGGACAAGAGAGGGAAGCUUUUGCAGGUCAACACAUCGGCAAAGGAGCAGCUAUUUUUUGAGGCCCCUCGUGGGAAGAAGCAGACCUUGGGAAAAUAUGCAAAGUUUAAGCGGUACAUGGCCCACAGUACCCAUGUGACUAAUGUGCGCUGGUCGCAUGAUGACUCUUUGCUGGCAUCAGUCGGUGGCUCCGACACCUGUCUGAUGAUCUGGAGCCAUGAGACCGAGGGCCGCCGAGAGGCCAGACAGUGUGACAGUGAGGAGUCAGACAUCGAGAGCGAAGAUGAUGGAGGGUAUGACAGCGAUGUAACUCGGGAGAAUGAGAUCAUCUAUGUAAUCAAGGCCUUAUCCACAAACGUGCGACCCAUGACGGGGGUCAAACCCCACUUACAACAGAAGGAGCCGUCGGUAGACGAAAGGCAGGGCAUAGACCUGGUGCUUGAACUGGUGUUUGGUUACCGAGGCAACGACUGCCGUAACAAUGUGCAUUACCUUAAUGAGGGGGCGGACAUUAUUUACCACACUGCCUCAGUAGGGGUCGUCCUAAACUUAACAACAGCCUGUCAGAGUUUCUAUUUGGAACACAGUGAUGACAUUCUGUGCCUGACUAUUAAUCAGCACCCAAAGUUCCCCAACGUGGUGGCAACUGGCCAAGUAGGUGAUGCUGGUGACAUGUCAGCCACAUCUCCCUCUAUCCAUGUGUGGGAAGCCAUGAACAAACAGACCCUCUCUGUGCUACGCUGCCAUCAUUCUAGGGGCGUUUGCUCUGUAAGCUUCAGUGCCACCGGCAAACUGCUGCUUUCUGUGGGUCUGGACCCCCAGCACACCCUCACCAUCUGGAAGUGGCAGGAAGGUGCCAAAGUAGCAAGUCGGGCCGGUCACACCCAGAGGAUCUUUGUGGCAGAGUUCCGGCCUGAUUCGGACACUCAGUUUGUGUCAGUGGGGAUAAAACACGUGCGGUUCUGGACACUGGCCGGCAGGGCCCUGCUCAGUAAGAAAGGAGUGCUCAGCUCCAUUGAGGAUGCCCGUAUGCAGACCAUGCUUUCAGUGGCCUUUGGAGCUAAUAACUUGACAUUUACAGGUACCAUUAGUGGAGAUGUGUGUGUGUGGAAGGAACACAUUCUAGUGAGAAUCGUGGCUAAGGCUCACACUGGACCUGUGUUCACCAUGUACACCACAUUACGUGACGGGCUCAUUGUGACGGGGGGCAAAGAACGACCGUCUAAGGAGGGUGGUGCGCUCAAACUGUGGGAUCAGGAGUUGAAGCGAUGCAGAGCCUUCAGACUGGAGACGGGCCAGAUCAUAGACUGUGUGCGCUCUGUCUGCAGGGGCAAGGGGAAGAUUCUCGUAGGCACUCGGAAUGCUGAGAUCAUUGAGGUUGGUGAGAAGAACGCAGCAUGUAACAUUCUGGUGAACGGCCACAUGGAUGGUCCUAUCUGGGGACUGGGAGCUCACCUCACCCGAGACGUCUUCCUGUCUGCUGCUGAGGAUGGCACUGUGCGCCUCUGGGACAUUUCAGAGAGGAAGAUGCUGAAUAAAGUGAACCUCGGUCAUCCUGCACGCGCAGUCAGCUACAGCCCAGAGGGCGACAUGGUGGCCAUCGGCAUGAAGAAUGGAGAGUUCAUCAUCCUCCUUGUUACCUCACUAAAGAUCUGGGGGAAGAAGAGAGAUCGGCGCUCUGCCAUACAAGAUAUCAGGUUCAGUCCAGACUCACGCUACCUGGCUGUGGGUUCCAGUGAGAAUGCAGUAGAUUUUUAUGACCUGACGUUAGGACCGCAGCUCAACCGCAUCAACUGCUGUAGGGACAUCCCUAGCUUUGUCAUGCAGAUGGACUUUUCUGCUGACAGCUGCUAUGUGCAGUUGUCUACUGGUGCUUAUAAACGUGUAGUCUAUGAGGUGCCUUCUGGGAAGCAAGUCACUGAGCAAGCAGUGAUAGACAGAAUAACCUGGGCCACAUGGACAAGUGUCCUCGGGGAUGAGGUGGUGGGGAUCUGGUCCAGGAACACAGAUAAGGCAGAUGUAACCUGUGCUUGUGUGUCUCACUCCGGCCUCAACAUUGUCACAGGCGAUGACUUUGGAAUGGUAAAGCUGUUCGACUUUCCGUGUCCAGAGAAAUUUGCCAAACACAAACGUUUUCUGGGCCACUCUGCCCACCUGACCAACAUCCGCUUCACCAACGGGGAUCGCUUUGUCGUCAGCGCCGGAGGCGAUGAUAGAAGCCUGUUUGUAUGGCGGUGUGUUCACUCUUCUCACUGAGGGCAUACAGUCUUCUCUCCUCUGCUUCAAAACAUCACAAGCCCAGCUGACAGCACGAGUGAACAGACUCGUGGAAUGAGGAACAUCAGGCGGUGGAUUUCACAGAGUCUUCACUACCCGUCUGCAUGCGUCUUAAUGAGCCGUCGCCCAUACCUGAACUCAAGCGUUUCUGAAUGAUAGUUGGGUCAAGGUGUCACAUGACCCAGCAUACAGUAAAAGAUCUAUCAGAUGUGUAUGUUUACCCCCCCCUUUUUUUUUAUUUUUUUAAACAGAAAAUCCUGAGCUACAAGUUGCAGAACGUAAUUUAUUUUGGAGUCCAUCUGUAUCAAUGUUUUUAAGAAUUUCUUCCAAAUGAAAAAGAGCUUGUAGCAAGCGAAGUACGAUUAGCC